AUGAAUAAUAUAAUUUUUAUCGUAACAGAUGCAUGCUGUGAAUUUGAGAUUGAAAAUGUAGAUGAUGAUAAAAUUGUUGGAGGAACAAACACAGAUAUAGAGAAACAUCCCUAUCAAGCAUUGCUUCUGUUAUCUGUAAGAAGGAGAUACUUACAAUGUGGAGGAUCAAUAAUUAGUGAAGCUUAUAUCUUGACAGCAGGCCAUUGCUUAUACCGAAUAGAAAAAGUAUCUGUACUAACAGGCGUAACGCUAUCCGACGAUCCUGAUGGUAACAAUCCCUUGAUUCCCGCUAAAAGUUUUAUGGCGCACCCCAAAUAUAAUCAAAGAACUGGUAAUUUUGAUAUUGGCGUUAUAAAGUUAAUAAAAAAAUUAGAUCUCAGUGGAAAAAAAAAGGAAAAGAAGCAAGAACGUGGAAAUGUUAGUAGUCACUUAAAAGAAGCGCAAAUUCAAAUAGUCUCUGACGCUGAUUGUCGAAAAGUGUAUAAAGAAAUGUUUACUCAAAAUAUGUUUUGUGCGGGAGUCCCGAAGGGCGGAAAGGAUGCAUGUCAGGGUGACACUGGAGGUCCUGGUAUAUUAUCAAACGAUGGAACACAAAUCGGAAUAGUUCCCUUUGGAAAAGGAUGCGCUCGUCCUGAUACACCUGGAGUAUUUACUAGCCUGAUCAGUAAAGAGAUGAGGGAAUGGGUUACAAAAGUAACUGGAGUUUAAAACAAAGUUGACUGGAAUUUGCCUACUACACCGUAUCAUACCCUGAAGCAGUACAAGAAAUGUAUCAGACAAAAUAUAAUAUUAAUAGCAUAAAAAUUUUUGCCGACUAGACACCCACUAAUACCCUGAUGUGGUAUCAUCAAUAAUUGUCGUAACAUAACGCUAAUGAUAUUAACAAGUAGAGGUAACUGAAAUCAGUGGGGUGUUUCUUUUAUUGUCUUUAACGUUCAAAGUACGUCCAUGAUGUGGUACGGUGUAGUAUGAAGACUACAAACUGAUUAAAACGAAAAUGACACAUAUAAUAUUAAUAACCUAAAUAAAUAAUUAAAUAAAAUUUUAUUCGCAAAUUUAA